AUGCGAUCUUCUCUGGUUGUUGCAGCGCUCGCAUCCACCUCUCUAGUAAGAUACCACACUCCGUUGGGCAUUCAUCAAGACCCUGAAUCCACUGAGGCUAUCGUCUUCUCUCUUUCUGCGUUGAACAAUCACGGCGCGCCUAUACCACCCAAAUCUUUCGGUUCUCGUCCUGGGUGGUACCUUGACGACGAUCCAGCUUCGGCAGACGGUCUUCCAUGGCUGAGAGUCAUGGACUUAUGCGCAAACCUUGCUCAAAGUGCGAAUGCUAUCAAAUGUCCACCCAUCAAAAAGAGUGCGACAAAAACACUUAUCAAAUGUUCUACCUCCGCCGCUCCCACCACAACAGCGGCGGCGACGACGCAAUCUACAUCUACACCUUCAUAUUACACAAUCUUCAGCGGCCUUGAUGGAGCCAUUGAAAGCUCAGGCUAUCUAAAGUACGGACUCGUCGAUACCAUCAGCGAUAGGCGUCAUAUAUAA